AUGUCUAACGGGAGAUCAAGACAAUCUUCAAGUGCUUCAAGGAUCUCCGAUGAUCAAAUGAUUGACCUUGUAACUAAGCUCCGGCAGAUUUUGCCGGAGAUUGGCCAACGACGUCGUUCUGAUAAGAUUUCAGCCUCGAAAGUGCUGCAAGAGACAUGCAACUACAUAAGAAACUUGAAUCGAGAAGUUGAUAAUCUCAGCGAGCGUUUGUCUCAGCUUCUCGAAUCCGUUGAUGAAGAUAGCCCUGAAGCAGCCGUUAUUAGAAGCCUACUUAUGUAA